AUGGAUCCACUCACCGCCCGUCGAAAACGUUAUCGUUAUCAAAGCUUCGUCACUUCUUCAAACCAGGUCGAGGGCAGCCAUCAUGAACGGCCCAAUGAAUCAAAUAUCUUGCACAACCCUUGCAGUCCGCCGGUGACUGCAGAUGCCCAGAGGAUGGAUUCCAACGGGUCUUUACGGCCCCUGGAUGAAUCCCCACACCGCGAACUUCCCCAGCUCCCUCUACGUAUCGCGCCUCUACGUGAGCCGGUUUCAUCUCGCACCCUCCGCGCCCCUUCGCCAUUGGAGCCAAGAGCCAGCGGAACACGGGAAUCGAAUAAUAUAUCUAAGGGUCCAUCGAAUGGUGGAAAUAUUCCUGCCAAUCCCAAGGCGGGCCUUCCAACGGUCACCGAAUUCCUCAAUGCCGCGCGAACUAAGAACGCCGAACCUGCAGACCCCCAUUCGAACGUGGAAUUACCGCCACGACCAAUUCUCCCCGCAUUUGUAAAUCUUCGCGCGCUGGAACGCUUCCCAUUUGCAUCUUCCUUUGACGAUGACGCACUUCAUGGACAGCGAAAGCGGCGGCGCUUAGACCUUCAGCCCGAAUCUUUUAGCGAACACCUGCAGCUUCCUAUCCCUCAAGCCCAGAAAGAGCAACGCCCUCCACCAUUUGGCCCGUUUGCUAUCCUGAAUGGCUUGAACGAGCCGCCGCCCAAUGCUGCCCUUCUCCCCCCAUCGAAGCUGGGAGAUGCUGCCGUUGAGCCCGGUAGCUUAGUCUCUGCAAAUGGUCCGAUACAUGAAGGCCAGCCGACAGAGAGGCGUGAAGCCCGGAUUGAAGAACUCCUCGGUACUACUCUUGAUGAUAAUGACGAUGACGACACACAUGACCAAGAAGAUACAGAACGACCUACUCUGCCGGACAUUGAACACAUUUCUGUAAAGGGAAUCCGCGAGAAAGAAAUUAUCCAGGAUGACAAGACCCCAACGCCCACCGAUGGCGAUGCGCCUUUAUCCCCUAAAACCCGCGGCCGAUCCCGCAAGAAUUUGCGGAAGUGGACUGAGGAAGAGACGACUGAUUUGCUUCGAGGAGUCGUCAAGUGUGGCAUUGGCAAUUGGACAACUAUUCUGGCACAGCCCGAACUCAAGUUCAACAAAAGAACUGCUUCCAACUUGAAAGAUAGAUUCCGAGUCUGCUGCCCCUGGGCGUAUCGUGCGUCCGAUCCGAAUGAAGCGACCAAGCAAUUGCGUGACAAUCUCGCCAAUACCCUUCUCAAAGCCCACGCCCAAGGCUCCAGUGAUUCCCUUGGCAAGGCACCGGGAAAGAUUCAUAUUCCGCCACCGCCAAACCUUGCGCAUAUGGGGUCGGAGCCAAGCUCUGCGACGGGGAGCUCUGCCAACAGCUCGCUUAAGGCCUCCGCCUCGAGCAGCCUGUCUUCAGUGACCCCAGACACGGAUCCCGGGACCGUAGGUAGCCAGUCUAUGCCCUCUUCGACACAGAGCACACCUCACUCGGAAACGUCCCAAACGACAUUGGAAUCUCUCGGUUUGCCAGAAGCACACGUCACAACAAAGUCGAAGCGACGUUCCCGCCGUCCUUUCACUACUGCCGAAGACGAAGCCCUUCUGAAAGGCUAUGCCGUACAUGGGUUCCAGUGGACACUUAUCCAACAAGACAAGCGUCUCAAUCUAGGUCAUCGCAGAGCGACCGAUCUUCGUGACCGGUUUCGCACCAAGUUUCCCCACGCUUAUCGUGACGGGGGUUCUGUCAGCGGGAACUCACUUCCACUAAGGCAGGGCCCGCCGACCGGUACGCCUGGACCGGCGCCUCGUGAUCGCCUUCCCAGCGGCGAAUCCACACCGACGAAAGUACCUUCUAUGGCGCCUCGUCCCACGCAUAGCCGCAAUUCAUCUGGCGUACCCCACAACAACCCUGGUCCAGGUGAUCCCGCACUCCUUCCCCCUCCUCAGGGAUUCUUUGAGCCAUCUGUUUCCAAUAUGCCUGCAGUGUCAGGUUUGCUGUCUUUUCCUUUGGAUGACAAUAAUGCAGGGCCGUCCUCGCCGUGGGAGGAUAACACGCUUGCUCCAAUGGUCUGGGAUGACCUAGGCUGA